UUGCUAAUUGCCUUGAUGUUUUGCGUGGCGUUCGUGCUUCACUUUGGAUAAAAUAUAUUUUUGGUUGUCGGUUGUUGUUGGGUUGUUGUAUAACACAACAGCAGCUACAACACCAAACAAAACCAACCAAUAUGAUAAAUCAGCAAUGCGUGUUUUGUUGCUGGCAAUAAUUGAGGAAGUCUCUAGGCAAUAUUUUAUCGAUAUCAGUUCGUGCUACUACGAUCUUCAUCUGCUGGCACACAUGUCAAAUUAAACAAGUAAAGAUUCAUAUAGUCGGGUAUACGACAUAACCAAGGCAGUCCGGUAAAAAUAAAUUGCAUGUUGAGACUGAACAUAGUUGGCGGCGUGAGAAGACGACGAACCAAUGGCUCGUCAUAUUAUGGCUGUUUGUGUUGUGUGUCUGCUUUGUGCAGAGCACUUACCUUGCGAGGAACACAUUGAAUCCGUAUCAUCUGAUCUUCGACUGAAUGCAAAAGUCUUCCACGGAAGCGAUAUCGAUAGUAGAACCAGUGAUUAUUCCAGUUAUUCGAGUUUUCAACACAGUGAAAACCAUUUGAUUGAUGAUGGUUACGAUAAGUCAAGACGUCGAAGAAAAAACACAUUAUCCAAGACAGAUUCGAGAAGUAAACGACAUGCAGGACAUCAUAAUGCAAACACAAUGGAGUCUCAACAUAAACCCGAAAUCACAGAAGAUUUUAUGAGACGAAUUUUUCAAGAACAUGGUCAGGAAGAUGGUACAAUCAAUAUAAAUCAAUUUGAAAAUAUGCUUAAAAAACUUGGACUCUUCAAGAUGGUAGAAGAAAAAGCUUCAAAUGAAUCUUGCGCAUCGAGUCAUCAAAUUGUGGAUAGCAUAAAACAUCACCACCAAGAAGAUCAUAACACAAAAUCUGGCCACAAAUGUAUGAGUGAUCCAUAUUCGAAUACGCCCUGCAAAGAAUCACCUGCACCGUCCAAAGAAUCAAUAUCCCUUGACUCAGAUGAUUUAAUCAAUCUGUGUCCAGUUCUACUAUAUCAACUUGCAUCCAAUGUGACACUUGAAAAAUCAGGCUGUGUAAACAGUUCAUUAUUGUUUGCUGACAAUUUAUACCAAACUCUUGAGCCUCAAGAAAAAGAAUUAUUUUAUGUGUGGACUUAUUCUUUCUUAUCAGUGCUCGGAUGUGGACUUUUGGGUCUAAUUGGUGUUGCCAUUAUACCAUUCAUGGAUUCUAGAUACUAUAAGCACAUUAUACAGUAUCUAGUGUCUCUAGCUGUUGGUACCAUGACAGGUGAUGCCCUUUUGCAUUUAUUGCCGCACUCUCUUGCAGGUCAAACUGAGUCAAAUAUGGUAUACAAGGGGUUAACCUGCAUGGGUGGUAUCAUUUUCUUUUACAUCACCGAACACGGACUGACAAUGAUAUCGGAAUGGCGAAAGGGACGAGAAAAAAAAGAUACUCAAACAUCGCGAGCAAAAGUCGUUCGAGAUCCAGAGUCGUCGAUUAAUAAUUCAGUUGCUGGCGACAAGCUCUGUAAAUCAAAGUACAGUUCUUAUCCUUAUUGCUAUGAUGAGAUUGCAAUGGAUACAAAGAAUGAUGUUUGGCUACAUUUGCCAAAUCCCGAAGGCAAUGAUUUGGCUGCUGAAAAGAAUAGCAGUAGCAGGGAAAAUGGUGAUGCUAAUGAAACGGCUCAAAGUCUGCUCUCGCAAAACUACACACCCAUAUCCGAUUUGAACCACCGAAUUCCGGAUAGUAACACAAUAUCAACGAAUCUAGACGAUACGUCACUUGCAGAUGGAACAACCGGUGGAAGUUGUGGAAAAGAUAAGCCUCUAGUACGAAACGAUACGGUUACUGUGAUACUCAGAGAACAUGAGUCAUCACAUCAUGGGCACUCGCAUAAACAUGGGCAUGUUCAUUCGCCGCCAGAGUCGUUAAGUGCUGUAGCUUGGAUGAUCAUAAUGGGUGAUGGGUUACACAAUUUUACUGAUGGAAUGGCGAUUGGUGCCGCAUUUGCUGAUAAUAUUGCAGGAGGUUGUUCGACUUCCUUGGCAGUAUUCUGCCAUGAAUUGCCUCACGAACUAGGAGACUUUGCCAUAUUGAUAAAAGCUGGAAUGUCCGUCAAAUCCGCCGUUUAUUACAAUCUUCUUACAGGCAUACUCAGUUUUAUUGGUAUGAUAUUCGGAAUAUUAUUUGGUCAGUCACAAGAAGCUGCCCAAUGGAUGUUUGCUGCCGCUGCCGGUUUAUUUAUUUAUAUUGCUUUAGUUGAUAUGAUGCCAGAAUUAUCAGCAGCUCAUAAAACAUUGGAACAAUUUGCAUUACAAAUAUUUGGAAUGUCUACAGGAGUUUUUCUGAUGCUUCUAAUAGCAGUCAAUGAAAAUCGUCUAAUGACAUUAUUUUCACCAAAUCCUGGUGAAAUGAGCGGUCAUAGUCAUUGAAAUAAAAUAAAAAAAAAAACAAAAAAAUACAAAUAAAUGUGAGAAAUGCACAGUCAACAGAAAUGCCACAGAUGAAUACAAAUUGCUUAUGUAUGCAUUUGUAUUGUUUACUUAAGUUUACUUAACUUAAAACUAUAGAUUAUAAGAAUUAAAAAUGAAAAAAGGAAAACUCAACACUUAACAAAAACAAAAAUUAAACACAAAUAAUUUAGUUGUAAGUUUAUAUUUUCGCUACAUGAAUAUUUAUCUGUAAAAAGCAAAAACAAAAAACACAUACUCUCUUUUUUUUUACAUAAAUUAUAAUAUAAUUUUUUUCUUAAUUAAGGAAUAAAAUAUACUGCCUACGAAUCCAAAAAAAAAAAAAAAAUAAACAAGAGUAUAUAAUUCCUAACCAUUUUAUGAGAGUUCUUAGCAUUCACAACAACAAAACAAGAAAUCAAUAUUUACUAAAAAAAAAGUACUUAGCAUUUUUUUGUUCUUUAUUGUCAAAAAAUCUACACAGCCUAUAGUGCUACUCGUGAAAUGAAUGAAUUACAAAAACAAAAUUCUCAAUAUCAUACAUUUAACAUAAAUAUUUUGAUUUAGGAUUUAUUUUUGUAAUUGAAAUGCAUUUUUUCUUGUUUGUAUGUAUGUAUUCUCAGAGUUACUAAGUUAAAAUUAAUGGGCUCAGUGCUUUAAGGAACGAAAUUAGUAUAGCCAAUUUAUAGGCUUUCUUUUGAGUGUUUGAUCUUUAGUUCAUUUUUUUUUUAAUUUUUUCGAGUAGAAAUUAUUCUUUGAACGAAGAGGAACUUUACGUUUUUCUAUAUUCUAUACUCAAAACUUGUCAUUAAAUUAAAUUUACAAUAUUAAUUAUUAUUUUAAAUAUACGCAUGUUUUCAAUUUUUAGCACUGAGCAUAUAAAUCUUAACUAAAAAAAAAUCCAGCUUACUUUGUACAAAUAGUUGAUUUUUAAUUUUGUAAUAAAAAUAUUGUUAUAUUAACGGG